GAAUCAGUAAGCCACACAAUUCUUCAAAAAAAAAUGAACGAAUCUCUGGACUAUGAUGCUGAUGCAUAUUUUAUGAUUUUAUUCCCCGACUUCAGUCUGGAUUCGAAAGAUUUUUGGAUUGCAGUGGCAACUGUCGCCUUAAAAACAAGUGAAUAUGUUAAAUAUGCCAACUUUUUCGUUGCAGCCAUCGCAUUAAUUCCUAAUUUUUUUCAUUUAAUCGUGCUGACGAGAAAGUCGAUGAGAACCAUGCCAAUUCACAUAUUUAUCUUUGGAAUUGGACUUUGCGAUUUUACACGUAUUGCUUUGUUUCUCGUUAUGAACAUCCCACAAUUGUGGACUACUUAUCAAAAUUUGGAGAAUCCGGACUGCAUUCCUCCGCUUUCGUAUUUCGAAAUGGCCCGCAACGAGUUCUACACAAUUGCCGUUAGUGUAUGUGAGCAGUCGUCAAUUUGGCUCGGAGUUGUUAUGGCAGUAUUUCGAACUUUGCUGAUCAAAUAUCCACUCAGUCACAGAUUACAUCGAAUGUCCACACUAAAAUACAAGCUUUUACCCAUUAUUUCAAUUUUGCUUAUAAUCAUUUCUCUCUGGAUACCUAAAUAUCUACGGUACCGAAUAAGAAUAUUCGGAAUUUGGUUUCCACCGCCUAUAUGUGAUAAAUUCCCAAAAAACUAUUCACAACCUCUAUAUUUCAUGGAAGAAACGAAAAUAUUUGAUGGGGAAAUUACGUUUCAAAAUUUGACUUUUCUCGAAGGAAUUGUAUUCUUCCUUAUUCCAUCUAUUAUACUUCCUAUAGCUACGAUAUCGUUGAUUAUUGACCUGAAAAAACCUUCUAGGAGCCAGGAAAAUAGGGAUCGGAGCAGUAAAUUAGUUACAUUUAUGACUAUUUCUUUUAUGAUCGCAAUGGUUCCAUAUUCUGGUUUAUACAUUAUUAACUUUGUACAAUCUAAGUCGAAUGGCAUUAGAUUUAUUUUACGAUGUAUUGAAGUGAUAUUCUCAUUUCUAAUAACUAUCAAUAACUCCCUGCAUUGUGUACUGUGCUAUUUGAUGUCAACCAAAUACAGAGAGGCCGUCAAAUCCAUGUUUAACAAGACGAAUACUGUCGAUAUUCAAAUGUCGGAUCAGAGAAUGACCAGUGUGAGAAAUCCAAGGUCUACUUUUUCGGUGAAGAUUGAGUAAUGCCUGCCUACUAAUAAGGAAAACGUACCUAGUAUUUUGUAUGCAACAACCAAUAAAAUAAUUUGCAGU